UGCGUGCCUUUGCAACAACCAUUCUCUCUCUCUUUCCACCAUCUCUCGAAAAUCCAUCUCCUAUAUUCCCUCCCCCUCUCUUUCUGCAAUCUUUAAAUCAAAUUGUCAAACUUUAUUUGCAAAUUCCGAGUUUCGAUUUUCUCUCUCCACUCACUUCUUUCCUCUCUUUCUCUGCAAACCACCAACAAUCAAGAACACGCGGAAGAAGAAGAAGGGAGAGAGAGUGUUCUUCAUCAUCAAAUGUCUCAAGAACAUCAAAUUAGAUACAGGAAACCCAGAAAUCACACAGAUCCAAUCCAACCCACACGCCCUAAAUUCACAAUUUCAUCUCUACUCUCAACAGUUACCCCCGCCACCGAUGACUCCCCCAUCUCCGACACCACUACCAAGAAGAAAUACUUCACAUCUACAAGAUUUAGGGGGUUGGGAUGCACUGCUCCGGCGCAAGUGUCGGUGCCGACAAUGAUAAGGACGUCCGCGAAUUGGGAAGGGAAGAAGGUGAGGAAGAAGAAACCGAAAAAGAACAAGAAUUGUAUUUCUUCAAGUAAUGAACCCGGUGGUGAUGGUGUUGGGUUGGUACUUUCGUCUACUAACAAUAGUCCCCCUCCGGCGCCGGUGCCGGCGAUAGCGAGUUCAUCGUCUUGUUUGGUUGUUCCUGAUGUUUGGUGUGGCCCUGGGAUUGGGUUGUCAACAGAUGCUGCUUCAGUGGACUGUGUUGUAUCGAGAAGGGUAGUUUCCGGUAGAGGGAAAGUCGAUGGUGAAAAGAUCAAUCUACGAGAGCGAGGUGGAAGGAGAAUGGUGCAUCCGGAAGAACUUCCAUUUUUCGAUACCGAUUCUGGAAUCCCACACCAUCGAUUUGAUGUAUUUGGAGCUCGACAUCAUCGCCAUGUUAGACAUCGGUCUCCUGAAGGCCUUGCUGAGAUUGUUAUGCUCCAAGGUAAUUUGCUUAUGGGGGGAAGAUUCGAUCAUGAUCGAUACAGGGACUGGAGGCUUGAUGUUGAUGCUAUGUCUUAUGAGGAGUUGUUGGAGCUUGGUGACAAGAUCGGGUACGUGAGUACGGGUUUAAGAGAAGAUGAGAUCGGUCGGUGUGUCAGGAAAACCAAGCCCCCGGUGGUGUCAUCAUCUCACGUCCCAAAUGAGAUGCAAUGGAAAUGCACCAUUUGUCAGGAGGAGUAUGAAGGGGAGGAUGAGAUUGGAAAGUUGGAGUGUGGUCAUUUCUAUCACGUAUACUGUAUAAAGCAAUGGCUGGGCCAGAAGAAAACAUGCCCCAUUUGUAAAGUGGCGGUCCAGUCUCGUCAAUAGGCUGCCUACUGCCUACUUGCCUAAUCCAUUUCAUUUGUGCAUAAAACUACUUUUCGUCUUGUGAACGACAAAAAGAAUCAUUCAUUGUUGGGUUUUUACAUUUGUGUUAACAUUGUGCUUAUCAUGAAUUGAAUG